UGAGAAUCAGACCAUCUCAGAUGUCAGGUGUUCCGCCGACUGUAGACCAGCGUGUACCUACACCUGGUCUAGAUCAGGUACAGAUUACACAAACCCACUGAGUCUGUCUGUGGCCAUGAGGACCAACGCCGGACAAUACACGUGUACAGCCAGAAACACUGUCAGUCAGGGAACAAAGACUUGGAACCUUAUUGUCAGAUUUCCACCACGAAUUCUCAGUCUUGAUAACACUGACGGUGAUUCAGACGUGGCUGAACAUGGACCCAAGUCGCUGGUGUGUUCGGUGGAUAGUUUCCCUCCGUCCACAAUACAGUGGUUCUAUAAAGCCAACAACACAGUUCUACUGACCACCCCAGACGUCCUGGAGAGUACCUACACCCUGACUAACGCUGACUGUCUGGACACCGGACUCUACACCUGUUCUGUCAGAAACAGUGUCUCUAAGACAGCGGUCACCAGGGAUAUACACAUCAACGUUCUGUGUAAACCACGUCAGGACCCAAGAGUUAAACUUAAUAACGAUUUUGGAUUAGCAACGACUGAGACUUUAGUGAUGAAUGCCAUGUUCCUCUCGAACCCACAACCAACUUUUUCUUGGUCUUUCGAAACAUCUCCAGGCACGGGUGUUACAAAGCUUGUCAAUGGCAGAGACAAUUUUGAUAUUCAAGAUAUGUUCACAGUGAAAAAUCUGUCAGUCGUAUCAGUCGGGACACGACAGAAUAUACAAGCGUCCUGGUUUGGUGUCUACAAUGUAACGGCGACGAACAGUCAGGGCAGUGAUACCCUCAGUUUUACUGCUGCAGCAAAAGGAAAACCAGAUCCUCCGUAUGGAGGUUUAGCUAUGUGCCCUUUUGAAGAUCGAGCCACACUGAGUUGGACAUCCGGAUUCAAUGGCGGGUCUAGUCAAACAUUUAUAGUUGGUUUACGGACAGAUACGCAGAACAGCAUAACAAUCGACAGAAAUAUUAACCAGUCUGACCCAGGACGUGGCCAAAGUGUUACUACAACAGUUACAGGUCUGACAGCUGACACAAAGCAUUUCUUCACUGUAUAUGCUGUUAAUGAAUUUGGGAACUCGUCUUUACUCGAAGAAGUUAACUGUACAACACAAGCACGCCCAUCUCUAGCCGAGAGUGCAAAUGUAGCAGCAGUUGUGUUGCCAGUCACUGGUGUUCUUAUACUGCUGUUGACAGCUGGUGUCGUGAUUUUGGUCCGACGAAACCGACAACUGUGCUGUAGAAAUUGUCAACUUCCAAAACAGACGGAAUUGCAGAAUGUUCAACUUUCAGAAAGAGACGGACAACCUGAUAGAAAUAAUGAAAGAUCUCCAUAUCAACAACUUGAUCCAAAUGGCAUUGCUAAGCCGUCCGUAUAUUCUGAACUUGAAGGAAUUCAGCACAUUUACCAAAACGAUACAGUCGGUGAUGGAGAGGGCGGACAGUACCAGUCUUUGGAGGAACGCUCCGAUCCGAACGUCUAUGAUGAACUUCACAGUUCAGCAUCCGGCGAUAAAGGAACAUAUGUCAAUACCGCCAUUGGUGGAAACAGGAAAUAUUGAUACGGGCGAAAAAAACGUGUACAGAAGACAAACAACAUGUCGUAUGGCAUACUGAAUUGUAUGUAAAUUAAACAGAAAUAUUUGUAACAUGCUGAGGACCAAGUCUGAAAUAUCCUGGAUUUGAAUAGAACAAACAUUGCCAGUUUUUAAUCAGACAAAACAAAUACGUCGGCAGAUGAAGAUCAUAACCAGUAUAAAAGAACAGGAUACGGAUGUUGUUUUGUUACAAAACGUUAUACCUUUGAAGCCGCUGACUUGUCAACUGUAUAUCAUAGAACAAAACAGCGCUGUGGGAAGGUGGUACUUACCCAGUCAUCCCGUCAAUGUAUCCAGUGUCUGUACAUUAACAGGAAACUAUAUUGGGAAUACCUCAAUUACUAUGUGAUGUUUUACAUUCGACAAGUUGUUACAUUUUGCAGCCAGUUAAAGAUUCACUACUGUUAAAUAACAAUUCAACUUGGUUUUACUGAUUUUCCGUAUCAUGCUAAAGUUCCCUUCUUUUUUGAACUUGUGCCUAUUCCAAGACUGUAUAACUAAAGUAUGAAAUGCUGCCAUUCUUAAAGAAACGGAUUGAUCAAGUCCAAUGGUGACAUUGUAAACAUUUUAAGAAUGUUGACCUGAAUUCAAAAACAACGGUAGAAAACUCGUAGUAGAAAAGCCAUCACAUUGAGAAACACAUUUCAAGACUUGCAUAGAGCUUUUAAGCACCGAUAUUACAUAGAGAAAUGUGAGAAGUGACUUUCCUUAUGCAUUUCAUUGUUUGCUUAUCAAAAAUAAAAUAUAGUUAUUAGUGUAGUACUUUUUCAUUAAAGUCACCAUCGGAGAUGUUUA